AUUCUCUAGUCAGCGAACAGAAAGCGAAGAACACCACUAGGAGCACACGUUGGGCAGUGUCUGUGUUUGAGGCUUGGCGAUCUGAGAUGAAAAUGAGAGGGAAGCACAUCCCAGAAAUCCAGGAGUGCGACAUCAACAACCACCUCUCAAGGUUUAUUGUUGAAGCCAGGAAACAAGAUGGGUCAAGUUAUCCUCCAGCAUCUCUGUACAGCAUAGCAUGUGGACUCUUACGUCAUCUGAGAGAAAAUGGCAUCUAUGAUUGUAACUUCCUGGACCCGAACAAAUCUGAAUAUACACGAUUUCGGGAAGUUUUGGACGCUCAAAUGAAGAAAUUAACAAAGGAAGGAGUUGGCUUGCCUAAUCGAGAAGCGAAACCUGUAACGGAGGAAGACGAGAGUUUGUUGUGGAAAAAAGGCGUUUUUGGUAGUAGUACAUCUCUAGCACUACAACACACAAUGUACUUUUAUAAUUGCAAAUUCUUUGGUUUGCGGGCUUACGACGAGCACAAGGAGUUAAUGUGCAACCAGUUUACUAUUGACAAAGACGAAAAUGGAUUGUAUGUGGAAUUUAAAGGAACAAAUUCUAAAACAUUUAGUGGUGGACUUAAACAUAGAAAAGUUGACGCUAAAGUAAUUAGACAUUAUGAUGAGAGUAGUGGAAUAGUUGCAUACUACAAAGACUAUUUGGAAGCGCUUGGAAACAACGGUUACUUUUACAGAAGACCACUGAGCAAGCAGAAUGGUAAUGUUCGGUACAGCGAGCAACCUGUUGGUAUUAACAAGCUACGAUGUUUUAUGAAGGAUAUGUGUUCUUUGGCUGGUCUAGAAGGCCGAUAUACGAACCACAGUGGCAAAAAAACUUGUGCUACAACGCUUUACCAAAAAGGUGUACCUGAAGAAGAAAUAAUGAAAAGAACAGGACACCGUUCAAUAGCAGGAGUGAGAAAAUACCAGAAACCAUCGGGACAAAUGCUGAAAGAUAUUUCCAACAAGCUAAAUCCCCCGUGCAGUGUCAAAAGUGAGGGUCAAAAGCUUGAAAAGACUGGAACACCUGUUCAGUCCACUUUGUCCUGCAGUGUUACGAAUGAGGACAAGGAAAUAAAGACUACCGAAACGAAAAUUCAGUCGAACUCGUCUGUAAUCCAGGAACUAUUCGCUAGAAAUAAUUCAUUUAGCGGGUGUACAUUCAAUUUCUAAGAAAUGUUUAUCAACAUAAUCUGUUCAUUUGAGUAUUGUGAC